AUGCCGGUCCUCGCCCCUCCUGAGCCUAGCGUGCUCGCGGGUCUCACGGAAUGGGGCGUCGGAGUGGAGCAGCCGGUAUGGGCCCAGGUCGCUGACGUUUUGGGCGACGGGGAGCUCAUGGACAUCACACUCAUCGCCAACACCGCCAAGGCCGACAUGGUGGAAGCGUCGCUGGCGGCCGGCCUCCGCGGGGUCGCCAAAACCCGCAUCAAUUUGGCUUACAACACGGCUCGCGAGAAGUUGUCACUUCCUGCGGCCGACUUGAGGGCCGAGGUGCCGGUGAGGGCAUCGACUGUUACUCUGGGGGCGACGCUGGCGCCAGAAGGAGCAGGAACGGCCACAUCGCCAGAUGCCCCUGGGGGCCCGUCCGGGGUGGUCCGCCGCACCCUCAAAGCGCAGCACCAUUGGGACCCAACAGUACGGGUGGAGGUGUUUCCGCUCUCGCCCGAUGCUUUGGCCAAGAUGACAGGCUGCAUCGACAAACCCAUCGCCGAGGCUUACAGGGAUCAUUUCGCCAGCAUGACAAGGUCCUUCCCGGGGGCCGAUGCGUGGGCGCUGUGCGUGGAGGCCGAUUGGACGUUCAGGUACGAGUUCGCGCCCUACGAGAGGGACCGCCAGGCCGCCGCUCUCUCAUUAUGA